AUGGCGGCAGCGCUGAGGCAAGAGAGCCGGCCGAUCGCUUCCGGGUCAGAGGGUGCGGCGGACCGGAAAGACGUCACCGUCGCUAUGGCGCCCGUGGGAGAGGCAGUGGCGUUGCUGCUGGUGGCCGUCCUGUGGGGCAGCACAGGGCCAUUCCUGCGGACGGGCGCAGCGGGGCUGGAGGAGGUGCGGCGCCAGGGCCGCCUGCAGCAGCUGCUGGCCGAGAUUCGCUUCCUGGGCCUCAACUACAAGUACAUGGUGCCAUUUCUGCUCAAUCAAGGUGGAUCUCUCCUCUUCUACCUCACCUUGGCAUCCGCAGAUCUGUCCCUGGCAGUACCACUCUGUAACUCCCUGGCUUUGAUAGUUACACUGGUGACUGGGAGGAUUCUGGGAGAGGACAUCGGUGGUGAAAGGGCUGUGGCAGGAAUGCUGCUCACCGUCCUAGGAGUCACGCUCUGUGUAGCUGGUUCAUGAACAAGACACGGUGAGAAGCAGCGGAAGGAACCUGUUCAAAGGUAACCCCUGUGGCUGAAGGGGGAGCUUCUGGCUCAGCAGCUUUGGCUCAGUUGCACUUAGGAAGCUGUAUUUUGACACAAGGAUGUCAAAAAAUGUGAAAGUGUGGACUGUAUUCCCUGAGCACCAGGGUGGAACAAGGCAUGUUGCAAGGACAUCCUGUUUAAUUACUUCAGUUAAGGAAUUUUUUUGUCUGUGUGUUUCAAGGCAAGGAGGAUUGAAUUGUCUUGUUCAGCACCGGAGGGAUAAUAAAUGGUUAAUAAAUUGUUCA